GAAUCAAGCAAUUAAAAUAUCCGACAAGAGGUUUCCGAACUCGGUACCCGCUUCGAGCCUUCUUCGAUACAAACUUUCUUCCUCCGAGAAUGGCGCCGCAUGAUCUUCGCCGUCCUUUCAAGCGACGACCUAUCUCCGAUCAACAGAGACGCAGAGAGCUUUCACUCCUCCGUCAGUCUCAGCACCGCUCCGACGCCCAGCAGCGAGCUCGAAACCUCGCCUCAUCCGUCAUCUCCCUCCAAUCAUCCUCCUCCUCCUCCCCCGAUGUCGACCCUGAAGUACUAUCCGAACCAUGCCCGACGUCGACCACCACCGGACACGAAUCGGAACCCAGUAGCUUUAGCAUCCGUCAAGCUUCGAGUCUGAGAGGACCCGAGGCUCGCAAGUGGUUCGCGAGCCAGCUUAUGUUACCCGAAUGGAUGAUCGACGUUCCUGAGAAUCUAAGCAGAGAUUGGUAUGUGUUAGCGAGACCAGCUGGGAAGCGAUGUUUUGUAGUGUCGGCAGAUGGAACAACUGUUAGUAGGUUACGUAAUGGAUCUGUCUUGCACCUUUUUCCUUCUGCGUUGCCUGGUGGUGCUAGGAAGAAAGGUGUUUCCGGUCCAGCACAAUCGUAUUCAAUACUUGAUUGUAUAUUUCACGAGGCGGAUCAGACGUAUUACGUGAUUGAUAUGGUUUGUUGGAGGGGUUACUCGCUUUACGAAUGCACAGCGGAGUUCAGGUUCUUUUGGUUGCAGUCAAAACUUGACGAGACGGGUGCUUGUGAUCCGCCUUCUUUUUACCACAAGUUCAGGUUCAGCGUUGUUCCUUUUUAUAACUGCGACCAAAGCGGACUUCACUCAGCUUAUACGGGAUCAUCGCCUUAUGUCAAGGACGGAUUGUUUUUCUAUAACAAGCAUGCACAUUAUCAUACUGGGAAUACUCCGCUGGUGUUGAUAUGGAAGGAUGAGAGGUGUAGUCAGUAUGUCAUUGAUACAGACAACAAUGGACAAGUUCCAAACCAACAACAUAUCGUCUUGGAGUUGCAAGAUGAUGGGAAAAUUGUAACGUCAGAUGAUCCACCCGUCAUAGUUAAUUGCUUGAAUGCAGAUUUUAUAAAACAGUCAGGACUCUCUCCGGGAAGCCUUGUUCGAUUUGCCAUAGGCGAUGGAGGGUUGAACUGUGUGGAUGGUAAAUUUGAGAAGGCAGAUUUACAAUAUAUCAGUGUGUCAAACCGAGCUCGGGCAUUUGCUGAUAGCUAUUCCAAGAUCAUGUUUCAAUAUAUGGCACGACAUUCUCCCGUUAAAAUUGAAGAUCUUGCGUCGAUGAUUUCACAUGAGAACCAACAAGACAAGUCCUCUGAAGUAGAGAUGUCAAAUUGAAGAGAGGAGAGACUUUUGGUCACUGUUUUGUGGUGUUUGUGCAAAACCCGAGAGAGUAGCAUGUUUUUAGAAAGAUUUUUAGCUAUCUUUUGGCUUCUCACACGCUAUGGUUAUGAUUAGAGAAAACUUUGUAGUUUGUUCCAUGAAAAUGAUAAAAAACAAAAAUCCAUUACUUUGUACUUCGAUAGAUAAAAAAUCUCUGCAAUCCAAGAAUAUGUUUGCAGGAAAACUAUGUAAUCAAGUUGAUGUGGUAGGCUUGCAGCUAUCAAAAUAACAAUGUUUUUGUCUUCA